AUGAUGCUGCUGAAUCCCUUCUCAACCAUCUCAGGACACAUUCAACUCUUGUUCCUGGUCUUAGCUGUCCUUGUGGUCCUGGAUCAGACAUCACCAGAUGUAUUCAUCAAGAAGUGUAACUAUGGAACAGGAAGAUGCAAAGUAUGCAGAGACAAUGAGAAGAGGAAAGAUAAUUGUGGGAAAUAUUACGUUUGCUGCCUCAAGAAAGCAAACUUGGAACUAUCACACUUUGCCAAAGAAAGCAAGCCAAGUGCAAAACCAUCGUGAGAGCCAGGAAGAUUAUGGCCA